GUAAACACGUGACCCUUCCGCGCGGUGACGUCAGCGGCCUUAGCCCUACACGUCGCUUGUUCAGUUGGAUUCCAGUGAUCCUGGUGGAGGGACGGAAAUACAGAGUUCGUUUCAACAGUUGCUCCUGAAUAAACACGUUAAAGAUUGUGGCAGUAGAGAGCAAGUACCCACACCAUGUCUCAGGACAAAAGUGGAUUCCCUAUUAUGGGAGAGAGCAACCCUCUUCACACCAACAUUUACGGGCCCCCUCAGGCAGGCUUUGGUAUGCCCCCUCCCAACUACAGCCAAGGCCCCGGGGGACCUUACCCACCAGCAGGUGGCUAUGGACAGCCAGGCUUCGCCCAGCCAGGUCCAGGUUUUGUCCCUGCGCCCUAUCCCCAGAUGCCCUACCCACAAGGCCCCUACGCUCAGGGGCCCUAUCAACAGGGACCUGGACAUCCGGGUUUCCACGAUGACCCUAUGGCUCCUGCCGGCAGCCCUGGUUAUCAUGGCGACGUGCCUCCAUCUUACUACGACAAUGACGAAUUUUCCAGAUCCGGCUUUGAGGACAAGAACAUCCGACAGGCCUUCAUCAGAAAAGUGUUCUCCGUUCUCACGGCGCAGCUGCUGGUCACCUUCGCUUUUGUCUCCAUCUUCACGUUUGUCGACGAUGCCAAGCUGUUCGUGCAACGCAAUCGGUGGACUUACUAUGUGUCCUACGCGGUGUUCUUCGUCAGUCUGAUCACCAUCAGCUGCUGUGGGGACUUCCGCCGCAAGCACCCCUGGAAUUUAAUAGCUUUGUCCAUCCUGACAUUGAGCCUGUCCUACAUGGUGGGCAUGAUCGCCAGCUUCUACAACACGGAGACGGUCAUCAUAGCUGUAGGCAUCACGGCGGUGGUCUGCUUCACCGUUGUCCUCUUCUCACUGCAGAGCAAGUAUGAUUUCACUUCCUGCCGGGGCGUUCUCUUUGUGUGCCUGAUCGUUCUGCUGGUCUUUUCGAUCCUCUGCAUCUUCAUCCGCAACAGGAUCCUGGACAUCGUCUACGCCUCCCUGGGGGCUCUGCUGUUCACCUGCUUUUUGGCUGUCGACACCCAGCUUCUGUUGGGCAACAAGAAGCUGGCCCUCAGUCCAGAGGAGUACAUCUUCGCCUCCCUCAACCUCUACACUGACAUCAUCAACAUUUUCCUCUACAUCCUGGCCAUCGUGGGGCGCUCUCGUGAUUGAGCCGGCAUCUUCCGGGGGGCGGCAGCAGCAAGAUAGAGAACGCCUUCCUUCGUUGUAAAACGUUGCUUAGCUGUGCUUUCUCUUUGCCUCGUCUAACUUUUUCCCAAUUGUUCUCCCCACUUGUCAAAUGCCUACACACACACACACACACACACACACACACACACACACACACACACACAAAAGUCUGUUUUCCAAUGACAACUGAGUGUAUCAUAAAAUGAAACUGAGUUCAGAAUCUUUUUAUUUACUCUCUUAAAAUCGUCGCUGUAAGUGGAAACCCAUAAUGACGCUCCAUCUUCCCUCGUCUCCUACUAACACAUCCAGCUGCGUCUCCAUCACCCAGCCGCUUAAACUGAGAAAAGUGUGUGGGGGGGGGAAAUAACACUUAUUACUGAUGCAGAACCAGCUUUGCUUGAUUAUAGAUGAUAGUUCUAGAAAUUCUCUUCUUCUAAUCUGCCUGUUUUCACAAACUUGUCUUUUUUCUUUCUUUUUUUUCCCCCCCACCCAGCCUGUGUGAGUUAAUUGUGCAUGGCUAAAUCGGAAAUACACACAAAGAUGCAGUUUGGUGUCUGGAUUCAAAGGAGGAAAAACCUCUAUCUUGCUUGUCACAGCUGUAAAUAGUUUAGCGUAUUACUGUUGAUGAUGCCAGUAUACCCACCCUCACCCCUUUCCUACCUCUGAAAGGCAUGCUGGAGCUCGUGUACGGAUGUGUUGCUGUUUGGGGAAAUUAUAUAUCCUCUCUGACUGGCAUUUAUUAAAAAAAAAACAAAAAAACAAUUAGCAUAAAAGCAUAUUUAUAAAAUUCUGUUCAAAUAAAAAAAAAAAUGUUUUGUUGGAUAAUUUGUCUAUUUGUUCAUGCGUUGGUGAAUCCCUUUUAAGUGAAAACGUUUUUUUUCUUACUACUGAUCAUUUUCAAUAUUGAAUUUGAUUCUUCUAAAGCUUUGAAGGCGAUCGGAACCAGAUGUUUGAAGGAACGUAGAGCUGAUCUGAACUUGUGAAGGUCUUUGUAAUCUCUCCAGUAAUGUGAACAAAGCAGUGAACACGCACUACUACACAGAAGGUUUCUUUAUUUAAACAUGCAUAUUAAUUUGAAGGGUGUAUAAAUGUUUGUUUGUUUUUGUUCAUUUUAUUUAUACCUGCUGCAUGAUUCUCGCCACAUUUGCACGUGUUCAUGAUGUACACAGUGCAGCUGUUCUUGUUUUGAAGAAACUGUUAUUUGAAAACCUUGUAUGUCUUUUUUUUUUCCCCCUUUCGUUUUAAUGUUUGUAUCAGAUUAACAUGUAUGUGUACAUAGGCCAACUUGGUGUUUUGGUUUGUAUAAAAUGAGUAAGUUUGGGCUUCGUAGGUCUGUUGGCGUUGUAUAUUUGCAUCAAAACCGAAGGUGAACAGAAACUCCUUAACACAGCUGUCAGCUUUCCAUUAAAAAAACGACAAUGGAAAUGUGUUGAGUGUUCAUUUAGGUUCAGGUUUUAUUGCUGUACCUGGAAUUUACUCUCCUCUUUUUUUUUUAACUCUCUUGGUGAUUUGCAGUCUAUUGUGCAGUCUACUGAAUGCUCAGUCAGCAGUGUCCAUGCGUAAACAACUGUCCUGCAUGCAUGGGAGAGUAGUAGAAAUGCAAAGAGAAAUCCAUUUAUAAUAAAAAUGUUUUUAAACAGAAAUAAUCCCAUUUGGAAAACAUGACCAAAGGUACUGUAGCUGUAUUUACCUGUAAUAACAUAACUUAAAUAAACUGGAAGAUAAUAGAAAA